GGAUGGUACGAUUCAGUAUACUACCUCCUGCACGUCAUAGGUACCUAAGUAUCUCGCACUAGCAGGACCUCCAUUCCCCGUACCGGUGGAUCCCGGCUCCGGUUUAGAACGUUGCUGGAUGUCUCCUGCAUCACCGGCUCCCGGACAUCUACCAAUAAACUACCCUACCAGCUUCCAUCACCUCCCCGCUGACAUAACCUCCAUAAAAUAAAAAUGCCGACCAGAAUCCCCAAACCAGAAGACUUCGAGCACCUACCCCCCUCCCUACACACAUCCCUAAUCUUCCCCGAAGUUCCGGAAACCACCACCGCCAUCCUAAUCCUCUUCCACGGCCUCGGGGACUCCGAAGCUUCCUUCGCCACCUUCGCCAAAAACAUAAACCUACCCGGCGUCCUCGCCAUCUCCGUGCGCGGCGUGUCUCCCCUCCCCCCUUCUCUCCUAGGUCUCCCACCCGCCGAAGCCGCGCAGCCAACCCGGCAUUUCCACUGGGGAGAUGACUUGGCCCUGUCGCCGGCAACCGGGGACUUGGACCCCGAUCCGGGAUUUACGAAGGCCGAGAGCUUAGUCCUGGGCAAACUGAUCCGCGAGACGCUUGUUGAGAAGUGCGGUUGGGAGACAAACGAUAUCCUGCUCUUCGGCUUCGGGCAAGGCGGCUCGCUGGCUCUAGGCCUAGCGUCAAAACUCUGCGAGGGCGAGAAAGUCGUGGACGUGACAGAAGGGAACGAAGCUGUGCUGGGCGCGGCAUUUAAAGGCGUCGUGUCGAUUGGUGGGCCAUUGCCGUCGAGUAUGAUAUCGACGGUGAGCGCGCGAGAGAAGGCUCGGACGCCGGUGUUAGCGUGUCAUGGCAGGUCAAGCGAGACUCUCGAUGAAGAUGCGAUAGAUUUAUUGAAAAGGGAGUUUGUAGAUGUACGGGAAGUCAAGUGGAGGAAAAAUGACGACGGCAUGCCUCAGAACAGAGACGAGAUGUUGCCGAUUAUGCAGUUUUUCGCUGAGAGAUUACGCGGGUGGUAGAGCCUGUCAUCAUGUCAAAUACUAUGGGCAUAUAGUCACUAUUAAUGCCGGGAGAUGUUACGAACUCACCGAAAUAAGCCGUG